AUGACCACCACCCCAGGUCUCCAAGUGCAUCCACACUUCAAUCAUGAAGAGGCUGCAGCCGUCGCCGCCGAGUUUGUGCAGACCCUCGACAACCUACCAGGCGAGGUCAGGUUCCUCCUGAUGGAGAUCCAGGAGAAGGAUGAGAGGAUAAAAAACCUGCUCAGCCGCAUCAACCAACGGCACUACGGGGUGACGAAAUCCAUUAAGAGCUUGACGCCGACGACCGCGCCUUUGUCAGCGACCUUCCCUCUCCCCGCCCCGAAGGACGCGCCAAUUCCAACAGCCCAUCUCCAACCCAAAGACGCGCAGAACAUUGCCAAGAUUCAGGGCGAGUGGUCCAAGAUCCACCAGCUGCAGGAGGAGAAGGUGCAGCUCGCUGUGCGGCUGGAACGGAUCGUGGGCCGCGCACGGGAUCGCAGCAAGGCUGAGUGGACGCGCGUGGGGGGGAUAGACAUCGACGCCACCGAGCCUGUAAAGCUCGGCGAUCUGGGAGGUGCGGAUGUGCUUCUUCCCUCCACAGGGUUGGGGAGCGGGUCGAACAAGCGCAGUCGCAAGCCGGCUAUUCCGUUAGCGGCAGCGAUCAGCGCAGCAAGCAGCGGUGUACUCUCGCGCGGCAGCUCGCGCGGAGCAAGUCCCAUGGCCCCACCACCGCUCCCGCGCAGCGGGUCUGCAGCGUCAGGACGUGGGCGUGGGAGACCGAAGCGCGAGGUGUUAUCACCAGACGAGGAAGACGCUGAGGGUGAGGAGGAAGAGGAGCCCGCCGUUGAGGCGAUGGAGGUCGACCCGGAUGACCAGCCUUACUGCUUCUGUCAGCAGAAGAGUUACGGCGAGAUGAUCGGGUGCGACAACGACCAGUGUCCUUACGAAUGGUUCCAUGUCAAGUGCGUCAACAUCGACGGGCCACUGCCCGAGACGUGGUACUGCCCCGACUGCGUCAAUACGCUUGGGCUGGCCUCGAGCGACGGCACCAAGGCGCCCAAGGACCGCAAGGGGCGGAAGAAGUAG